AUGCGUGUCUUCCUUGUCCAAACGGCCCAUGGUCUGAACGCUCCCUCUGGAGGAUACAGAUCUAACCUUGGCUUCAUCCGUCAACUGGGCGCUUACGGUCACGCGGUUGCCCAGACAUGCUACGCCUGGGAUGACGAAGUGGAGGCAGGAGUGGCAAAGGCGAAGACAAAGGGGGUCAAUCCGGAGGUUCAGCGUCUACCUAACGUCGACCUUGGUCAAGAUCCCAAAACUGGGAUCAAGCGGCGACUCCGUGUCACCAAAUUCGUUGAUGAAAACCGAAUUCUUAACAUUGUCAUCUCGCGGGCGUUAUGGGAGUUGUAUCCCCACGCGGAGCAGGUGGCAGACCACAGAGCAUAUCUGGAGCAUAAUCUUGCGAGCCCCCGUUUGGCAGCCCUCGUCAACUUGUGGUCGAGCCAGAUCGCAGCCUUCAAGCCCUCGCACGUUGUCUUCAACGACGGCCUCACAAUGAGAAUCACCCAGCAUAUGCUGCAGCCUGGGAGUCCAUACUCGCAUAUGAAGUUUAAAAGAGUGUGCAUCGUCCACUCUGCAGAGCAGCUCCCAUUUGGGCCCUUCUGCGGCAGCCUCUCUGGGCACUGUCUGUCCGCACCGGCCGAGAACAAAAUGCUGAGAGGACUCGACGGGAUAUGGACCGUGUCGCGUGGUAUUCAGGACUACGCGAUGAAGCAUGGUAACCUGAAGACGACCUUCUUUGUCCACGCGACUUGGACAUAUCUCGAGGGCGGUAACAUCCCAAUGCGCCGGAACAACGUCGAUAAAACCGAAGUCGGUCUGGUCAACGCUUGUGCACUCAAAGGGCUUCCUAUCUUCAUUGAGUUGGCCAAGAGAAUGCCGCAUAUCAAAUUUGUCACUUGGAAGAGCUGGGGUACCAAACAAUGGCAUCUCGACCAGCUUCAGCAGCUGCCAAACGUCAAAGUGGAGCCUUCAACAACAGACACAGAGCGGGAUAUCUGGGACAGGAUCAAGGUCCUCUUGGUACCCUCGGUGUGGAACGAGGCAUGGGGGGCCGUCAUCACCGAAGCGCAACUCCGCGGGAUCCCCGUGAUGGCGUCUGACGCAGGCGGCAUUCCCGAGGCUAAGAUUGACCUCCCUUACCUCGUCCCUGUGAAGAUGGUGACGGGCGAGGUGGACGCCAAGACCGGUGACUAUGUUGUCCCUCCCCAGGAUAUUGCGCCCUGGGAGCACGCACUCGCCAGGCUGAUGGCCAGGGACACGACCGAGUACGAAGAGCUAUCUGACUACACGGCGCGGAAAACGGUGCAGUGGAUUCGGGGCCUUGAUCAACGAGCUCAGGAGAAGUGGCUCCUCAAGAUGUGA